AAAUAACAACAGUUUGUUAAUUAUUUUCUCGUUGGCACUGAUUAGAAUUUAAAUUUAGAGCCAUGCUCCAUAUCUAAUAACCUUGAGAGUAUCGACUUUGUGAUUCGAUGCGGUUAGCGUUUGGCUCUUCCUGCUAUUGCCGCGCAGCGAAGAAUCUGCUGUUCAGAGUCACAGCUCGAGCUUUAUCAGGAACCACACAGAAGAAUCCUAAUAAUCUCUUCUCUCUUCUACAUCAAUCCCCAAACGUUAACCAUCUCCGCCAUCUCCACGCUCAUCUUCUCCGCACCUCCAACUACUCCAACGUAGUCCUCAGCUCCAAGCUCGUCCUCGCUUACUCCAAGCUUAACCAUCUCUUCCCUACCUCGCUCGCUGUCUUCUGGCACAUGCCACAUCGCAACAUCUUCUCAUGGAAUAUAAUCAUCGGUGAGUUCUCCAGAUCAGGCUUUCCCUCGCAAUCAAUCGAUUUGUUUCUUCGUAUGUGGGGUGAGUCCAGCGUCAGACCCGAUGAUUUCACGCUUCCUCUCGUCCUACGAGCUUGCUCUGCCUCUCGGGAGGCGAGGCUCGGUGUUCAUGUGCUGAGUUUGAAAUUAGGAUUCGGCGUGAGUUUGUUUGUUAGUUCCGCGUUAGUGAUAAUGUAUGUUGAUAUUGGUGAAAUUUUAUAUGCGCGUAAGUUGUUCGAUGAAAUGCUUGUGAGAGACUCUGUUCUCUACACGGCUAUGUUUGGCGGUUAUGUUCAGGAAGGAGAAGCUGUCUUGGGUUUGGCUCUGUUCAGAGAAAUGAUGUGUUAUGGGUUUUCGCUAGACUCGGUGGUAAUGGUGAGUUUAGUAACGGCUUGUGGACAGCUUGGGACGUUGAAACACGGGAAGAGCGUACAUGGGUGGUGUAUCAGGAGAUGCCCUUGCUUGGGUUUGAAUCUCGGCAAUGCUGUUGUCGAUAUGUAUGUGAAGUGCUCAAAGCUAGUUUAUGCGCAUAGAGUUUUCGUUGAGAUGCCGACCCGAGACGUGAUCUCUUGGAGCUCUCUUGUUUUGGGUUAUGGGUUGGACGGGGACGUUGUCAUGUCGGUUAAACUGUUUGACGAGAUGCUCGAGGAAGGAAUCGAGCCCAAUGCUGUUACUUUUCUUGGUGUCUUAUCAGCAUGUGCACACGGUGGCCUUGUGGACAAGUCUUGGCUGUAUUUCAGACAGAUGCACGAGUAUAAGAUAGUUCCCGAGUUGAAACACUAUGCUAGUAUGGCGGAUUGUAUGGCUAGAGCAGGUCUUUUGGAGGAAGCAGAGAAGUUUAUGGAAGAAAUGCCCGUGGAAGCUGAUGAGGCUGUUAUGGGUGCGGUGUUGAGUGGGUGCAAGGUGUAUGGGAAUGUACAAGUAGGGGAAAGAGUGGCAAAGAAGCUGAUCCAACUUAAGCCAGGGAAAGCUGGGUACUAUGUGACGUUGGCUGGUCUAUAUACAGCUGCAGGUCGGUUUGACGAAGCUGAGAGCCUGAGGCAGUGGAUGAAGGAUAAGCAGAUUUCUAAGGUUCCCGGAUGUAGCUCAAUAUAAAGAUGGAUACAUUGUUUCCUGGGAUUUUUAUGUGAAAGAUCACCAGAAGCGCCGUUAUACAAAACUGCAUUUGUGUUUAUGCAGAUUGGUAUGAUCCAACCGUCAAGUUGGUGAAACUAUAACUAGACUUUUGAUGAGGAACUGAAAUCAAGGAGAAAAAUAUUGACAAGCUCAUUAAAAAACUCUAGACAUUUGCACAAAAAUAAAGCAAGGUAAACAGUGGCAGAGCUAGGAUAAUUUUUUAAGGACACUGUAAUUACAUUAAAUUGUUUAUUAUCAAAUAAAUUAUUAAUUUUUAAA